CCUCAGGGAUGGACCGUGUGGAUCCUGACAUCUUUAACAGGGACCCCCGGGACCAUUAUGACCUGCUGCAGCGGCUGGGGGGCGGCACGUAUGGGGAAGUUUUCAAGGCUCGGGACAAGGUGACUGGGGACCUGAUGGCAUUGAAGAUGGUGAAGAUGGAGCCUGAUGAUGAUGUCUGCACGCUGCAGAAGGAAAUUCUCAUCUUGAAAACUUGUCGGCAUGCCAACAUUGUGGCCUAUCAUGGGACGUACCUCUGGCUGCAGAAGCUCUGGAUCUGCAUGGAAUUCUGCGGGGCUGGGUCCCUCCAGGACAUCUAUCAAGUGACAGGCCCGCUGUCGGAGCUCCAGGUUAGCUAUGUCUGCCGAGAAGUGCUCCAGGGACUGGCCUAUCUGCAUUCCCAGAAGAAGAUACACCGGGACAUCAAGGGAGCCAACAUCCUCAUCAAUGAUGCUGGAGAGGUGCGGCUUGCUGACUUUGGCAUCUCAGCCCAGAUUGGGGCAACCCUGGCCCGAAGGCUCUCUUUCAUCGGGACCCCCUACUGGAUGGCUCCAGAGGUGGCCGCCGUGGCCCUGAAGGGGGGCUACAAUGAGCUGUGUGACAUCUGGUCCCUGGGCAUCACAGCCAUCGAGCUAGCUGAGCUGCAGCCCCCACUCUUCGAUGUGCACCCUCUCCGAGUGCUCUUCCUAAUGACCAAGAGCGGGUACCAGCCGCCACGACUGAAGGAGAAGGGCAGAUGGUCAGCAACCUUCCACAACUUUGUCAAAGUCACCCUUACCAAGAACCCCAAGAAACGACCGAGUGCCAUCAAGAUGCUCAGUCAUCAACUGGUGUCGCAGCCUGGGCUUAACCGAGGCCUGAUCCUGGACCUUCUGGACAAGCUGAGGAAUCCAGGGAAGGGGCUCCCUGGCGGGGAGACUGAGGACGAGGAGCCUGAGGUACCCCCCGCCAUCCCCCGGCGGAUCCGGUCCACCCAUCGGUCCAGCUCUCUGGGGAUCCCUGAUGCUGACUGCAGUCGACGACACCUGGAGUUCCGAAGGUUGAAGGCAGCCGAGUCCAGACGGCCAGCCCACACCGUGAGACGCCUCCCCUCGGCCACCCCAGGCGCCCUCCCCGUCCCCACAGCUACGGCUGACGAGCUCCAUAACCCACAGACUCUCUGCCAGCCCACCGGAGACAGCAGGAGCAGCAGUCCCAGGCAGCCCCUGUCAGAGUCUGAGGAUGACUAUGACGACGUGGAUGUCCCCACCCCUGCAGAGGACACACCUCCUCCGUUGCCCCCCAAGCCCAAGUUUCGUUCUCCGUCGGACGAGGGAUGUGGGGAGUCUGGGGGUGAGGGGCAGCUGAGCCCAGGCGUGCUGGUCCGGUGUGCGAGUGGACCUCCCCCACGCACGCCCCGCCUUGGGCUUCCUCCGGCUACCUGUGGUCCCCACCUCACUGCCUAUUCAGAACCUUCACUCAGGAACCCAGCCCCCCAAGAGCCUGACCGGCCCCCACGGCUACCCCCCAAGAAGGAAAAGAUGAGGAAGAAGGGAUGCGCCCUCCUUGUGAAGUUGUUCAAUGGCUGCCCGCUCCGGAUCCACAGCACAGCCGCCUGGACGCACCCUUCCACUAAAGACCAGCACCUGCUGCUGGGGGCAGAGGAAGGGAUUUUCAUCCUGAACCGGAGUGACCAGGAGGCCACGCUGGAGAUGCUCUUCCCUGGCCGGACCACCUGGAUGUACUCCAUCAACAACGUGCUCGUGUCUCUGUCAGGAAAGACCCCCCAGCUGUAUUCCCAUAGCAUCCUGGGCCUGCUGGAACGGAAAGAGAGCCGCGCAGGGAGCCCCAUCGCUCACAUUAGCCCCCACCGGUUCCUGGCCAGGAAAAACAUGGUCUCCACCAAGAUCCAGGACACCAAAGGCUGCCGGGCGUGUUGCGUGGCUGAAGGGGCGAGCUCUGGGGGCCCGUUCCUGUGCGGGGCCUUGGAGACCUCCGUGGUCCUGCUCCAGUGGUACCAGCCCAUGAACAAGUUCCUGCACGUCCGGCAGGUGCUGUUCCCGCUGCCCUCGCCCCUGCGCGUGUUCGCGCUGCUGACCCGGCCGGGCUCCGAGCUGCCCGCCGUGUGCAUCGGCGUGAGCCCCGCGCGGCCGGCCAAGUCCGUGCUCUUCCACACCGUGCGCUUCGGCGAGCUCUCCUGCUGGCUGGGCGAGAUGAGCACCGAGCACAAGGGGCCCGUGCAGGUGACGCAGGUGGAGGAAGACAUGGUGAUGGUUUUGAUGGACGGCUCUCUGAAGCUGGUAACCCCGGAAGGGGCUCCAAUCCGGGGCCUUCGCACCCCGGAGAUCCCCAUGAGUGAAGCAGUGGAGGCCGUGGCGAUGGUUAGGGGUCGACUCCAGGCCUUCUGGAAGCAUGGAGUGCAGGUGUGGGCGCUAGGCUCAGACCAGCUGCUGCAGGAACUGAGAGACCCCACCCUCACCUUCCGCCUACUUGGUUCCCCCAGGCCUGUGGUGGUGGAGACGCGCCCGGCAGAUGACCCCACUGCCCCCAGCAACCUCUACAUCCAGGAAUGAGUCCCUGAGCACAAGCUAGGAGACAGUCCUUGCACCCCACACCCCAACAGACACACACUAGUGCUCGGGCCAUGUCUCUGUCCCCUAAUAAACGUGAAUAACUUCUG